GAACAAUUUCUGCCGUUUUCUUGAGACGGCAGCACGUUGGAGGUAAUUGUGCGUAAAAUUACGCACUCUAUUUUUUCUGUAUGAGUUUUUUGUCUCUCAGUGCAUGCUUCCGUGCGCGCGCCCCUGUGACAUCAUUGAUGGGAUUGGCUCCCCUGACUGGGGUGGAGAGCCUCCUCUACAGGCUACAGAGGGAGAAGAAGAGGAGUGAGGGACAGUGGGGAUAGUUUCCACCAGCCACGGAGCUUAGCGCAGGGACACCUAUACCCAGAGUGAACCACGCCCCGGGGGACAGGGGGUGACUGCUGCGCCUGAGGUCUCCAAAACUCCUGACAUGGAAGGGGGAGCGGACGGAGAAGAGGAGUUUUAAGUUUGGUUACAGGUUGGCAAGAUGAAGUUCGAGGAAAGCAUCUGCGUGCUCAACGUAGGGGGGACCCGGUACGCCUUCACCCGUGAGGUGAUCAGGGAUUUCCCUCUCCGGCGCGUCAGCCGACUUCAUGCAUGCGCAACCGAGAAAGAGGUUCUGGAACUGUGCGACGACUAUGACCGGGACCGAAAUGAGUUUUUCUUCGACCGCCACGCGCAGGCUUUUGUGUUCAUCAUGCUGUACGUGCGCUCUGGCAAACUCCGCUUUGUCCCCGGAGUGUGUGAGCUGUCUUUCUACACCGAGAUGCUCUACUGGGGACUGGAGAGCGCGCACUUGGACACCUGCUGUCAGAAACGCCUGGACGACAGGAUGUCCGAGAUUGGAAUGGACUCCGAGGAGGGCAUCCAGGUGUCCGGGGAUGAGCCCCAGAGUCCGGUAGAGCCAGUGCAACGGACUGCGCUCACAGGGCGCGCGAAAUGGCUCGAGAUGAUGCGCAAAGCAUUCGAGGAGCCAAACUCUUCGCUUUUUGCGCAGCUUCUAGCUUCAGUAUCAGUGAUCUUUGUGAUCGUUUCUAUGGUCAUGCUGUGCGCAAGCACCCUGCCGGACUGGGACACAGCCAAGAAAACUACUGUAGAAGAGCACAGGAUAGUGGAGGCCGUGUGCAUUGGCUGGUUCACAGCAGAGUGCAUGGUACGCUUCCUGGUGGCAAGAAACAAGUGGGACUUCCUUCGCCGGCCGCUGAACAUCAUCGAUGUCAUAGCCAUCACCCCUUAUUACGUCACCAUGGCGCUGGCCCGGGCAGGGAUGCCUAGUGCGGGUCUCGGGGUCGCUGGGAUUUUCUUGCGGGUCUUGAGGAUGAUGCGUGUGUUUUGGCUCAUGAAGCUGGCCAGACACUUCCUGGGGCUGCAGACUCUGGGCCUGACGCUAACGCGAUGUUACCGGGAGAUGGUGAUGCUGAUGGUGUUUGUGUGCGUUGCCAUGGCGAUAUACAGCGCCCUGGCUCAGCUGCUGGAGCACGGCUUGGACUUGGGAAUGCAGAACCCGGAUUACGCCAGUAUCCCAGCAGCCGCCUGGUGGGUCAUCAUCUCGAUGACGACAGUGGGCUACGGGGAUGUGUACCCGGUGACUGUCGGGGGGCGGGUUCUAGGGGGGAUGUGUGUGGUGAGCGGGAUUGUUCUCCUGGCACUGCCCAUCACGUUUAUCUACCACAGUUUUGUACAGUGUUACCAUGAACUCAAAGUCCGCUCUGCCAGAAUAGCACGCAGCCUGUCAAUAGAGGCUCUGCAGUGAAAACACAUCUUUCCAAAACAUUAACUGCUGCAUCCAUCAGGCAGGGGCGGGUCUAGACUUUUUCAACUGGGGUGGCCCGAGCGGGGCUCUGACAUAUGCAGGGUGGCAUGAUAUAUGUGUACACAUUACUGACUGUACUGUAUAUAAAGAUGGAUGACAGUUCUCCAACUCCUGCAAUUAUACAAAAAUGAAGCCAAAACAGCCAGUCACUUGGAGCCAGUCCGCAUUGUAGCAAAAGGUAGAGCUGGGAUAUUGACAUCCCGCCCCCUCUGCUCAGCAAAACACACACAUAACCUAAGAAUCAAACACAAAAAGGCCUAAAGGUAGUACAAGCUACAGCCGAACAAAUUCUGGUGUCAGUUUCAAGCAGAUACUUAAGGUUAUGGAAGCUGAAUGACUCUUGUGUUUAUGUUUCCUCUCCCUGUUCCUGUUCUACUCUGCUAAUCUGGUGCACACAGCGCAGCAGGAGCCACAUUCAUCAACAGAGCUGUCAGCCAUGGCGUUAUAGCCCUUUAUUAAAGCAUCAAAUAAAUAAUCACAACUAAACUUUUUAAAAAAAGGACACAAAGACAUUACUCAGCAUGAUAAAAACAUAAUUUUAUGACAGAAAGCCGGUUUAAUGAAUAUGUUUCAAGUCUUUUAUUUUUUGCAUUUAAAUUAUAUUUAAUUUUUAUUAUACACUGACAUAAACAAAAACAACCCAUCUGGAACCCUGGUUACAUUGAAAUAUACUUACAUAAAGAAUGUUGAUCUGGUUAAAGGUUCUUUGUUAGUACAAUAGAAAAUAAAAUGUAUACUGUUCCAGAUGUA